AUGUCCGAACACGAUGCCCUUGUUUUGUCAUAUAGCCAUUUGGCCAAGCUUCCCAGGGCAAGCGAGGCAUUACAAACCUUGAAAAAGGUGGCUUCCAUCGUGAAGCCGAUUAUGCGAGCGCGUAACUGGAAAGUUCGACAGUUGGCCGAAUUCUAUCCUGAGCAGCACAAUCUUCUUGGUCUCAAUGUAAAUCGAGGAGCCAAGAUAUGUCUUCGCUUGCGGCAUGCUGGAGAUCGCAACCAGUUUAUGCCCAUCGAAAAUGUUGUAGAUACUAUGCUCCAUGAGUUGUCUCACAUUGUUCAUGGCCCUCACGAUGCCAAGUUCCACGCUCUUUGGGACCAGCUUCGAGACGAACAUGAGGGUCUCGUCCUCAAGGGCUACACCGGCGAGGGCUUCCUCUCUGAGGGACGACGCCUCGGAGGGUCGAGGAUACCACCUCUCGAGGCUCGUAGACUGGCCAGAGAAGCUGCAGAAACACGUCGAUCUCGUCCCGGCGCUGGGUCGGGCAAGCGUCUGGGGGGAUCCGCCCCGCGUCCAGGCGAAGACAUUCGAAGGGUUAUUGCUGAUGCUGCUGAGCGGCGAAGCAGCACCCUCAAGGGCUGCGGCACGGAUAACCUGAGCGAAACCCAGAUUCAGAACAUCUCUGAUUCUGCUACAAAGAACGGUUUUCGAACGCAGGCCGAAGAGGAUGAGGCUAAUGAUGCAGCCAUUGCCCAAGCACUGUGGGAACUGGUGCAAGAAGACAAAUCAGUCAAAUACGGCAGCUCUUAUAUCCCGCCCACAGCCGAAAACCCUACUGGGAACGGUGGUGGAUCAGUAAUUCCAAAUGGGAGACCUAGUCAUAGUUCAGGGAGGUCUAGAGAGCCUUCGGGUUGGACUUGCGACACUUGUACUCUGCGCAACCCUGGCAAUUACCUCUGCUGCGACGCUUGUGGGAUGGAGCGGUCCGCAAGGCCAGGGACACAAGCGGUUAACGAUAACCGCCGAUCCAGAUCGCCGGUUUCUGAGAGACAACCUGCUGUUGUUGACUUGACACAGAGUCCGCCACGAGAUCGGCGAAGACCCUCUGCUAUGACAUCGCGGAAAUCGAAACCACCGAGUGCAGCACAAGGAACCGCAUCUUUAGGACCUCAAGUAUGGGAGUGUAGCUACUGCGGGACGGAAAUGCAAAAGCAGUGGUGGACUUGCUCAACUUGCGGGAAAUUGAAGGAUAAUUCACGAUAG